AGUUUGUAGAAAAUAAUCUAAUACUAAAAAUGGGUCCAGUGGAUAAGCGAAAGGGUUUAUUUGCACGACGAAGGCAGUUAUUGCUUACAGAAGGGCCACAUUUAUAUUACGUUGAUCCUGUCAACAAAGUCCUGAAAGGUGAAAUUCCAUGGUCACAAGAACUCCGACCAGAGGCCAAGAAUUUUAAAACUUUCUUUGUCCACACGCCUAACAGGACGUAUUACCUGAUGGAUCCAAGUGGGAACGCUCACAAGUGGUGCAGAAAGAUUCAGGAAGUUUGGAGGCAGCGAUACCAGAGCCACCCGGAUGCUUCUGCUGUGCAGUGACAUGGCCUGCGGCCGGGCUGUCCUUUGCUGCCAGGAUACCUGCCCCAGCGCGGCUCGGCCGCCACCCAGGACGCUUCCACACCACCUGCCAGCCGUCUCAAGGAGAACUCAGAUGGCGGAAACCUUGCAGCUUUUUUAUUUAAAAGAAAAGAAGAAAAAAAUACUAAACCACACAAAGAACAAAACCAAUAACAAACAGGAAUCCAGGGUCGCUUUGCUUGCUCUCUGUGCUCUGUGGAGGCUUCCACGUGCUGUUGUGGCCGUGGAGACCAUGCACGGCAGCCUAGCUCCUGCCUAGACCAGUGGCCAGACUUGACAUCACCAGCCCCUCUUAGCAUCUGUGGGAACUGUGCACUUGCCACCCU